UCUCGUCCUUCUCCAAUCUCCGUGUUGUUGUUCCCGGUGACGCGGCGGAGGUGUAGCCUGACGCGGGCUCUUACGUGUCGGCCAGAAUAAAAGUGGAGCUCCGGAGGCCCGGGAGUGACGAAAGGAGCCUGUAUCGCUUCAGUGUAACCAAUGAAGAUGGAGUCAGGAGCAGAGGCUCAGCAGGGGGCGGAGACUGCUGUGACUGAGACCGAGAACCAGCAGAUCACUCCUGCACAGAUCGCCACCUUGGCCCAGGUUUCCAUGACAGCGGGCCACGCCUCAGCAACAGGUCCCACUGUAACACUGGUUCAACUUCCCAAUGGGCAGACGGUUCAGGUCCAUGGAGUCAUCCAGGCUGCACAGCCGUCUGUUAUCCAGUCCCCACAGGUUCAAGCUGUACAGAUUUCCACCAUAGCAGAGAGUGAGGAUUCACAGGAGUCAGUAGACAGCGUGACCGACUCUCAGAAACGCCGAGAGAUUCUUUCACGGCGCCCUUCAUACAGGAAAAUCCUGAAUGACCUUUCAUCUGACGCUCCUGCAGUCCCUCGUAUCGAGGAGGAAAAGGCUGAGGAGGAUUCAUCUGCAGCAGCUGCCACACCCGCAAUCACCACAGUUACUGUCCCCACACCCAUCUACCAGACCAGCAGUGGACAAUACAUUGCGAUAACACAGGGCGGGGCCAUUCAGCUGGCAAAUAACGGCACAGAUGGCGUCCAGGGCCUUCAGACUCUGACUAUGACCAAUGCAGCAGCAGCCGCUCAGCCUGGCGCCACAAUCCUUCAGUACGCACAGACCAGUGACGGCCAGCAGAUACUGGUUCCCAGUAACCAAGUAGUGGUCCAGGCUGCUUCUGGAGACGUCCAGGCAUAUCAGAUCCGAGCAGCCCCUGCCAGCACCAUCGCCCCUGGGGUAGUCAUGGCGUCUUCUCCUGCUCUUCCCACCCAGGGAGCAACAGAGGAAGUCACUCGUAAAAGAGAAGUUCGCCUCAUGAAGAACAGAGAGGCAGCCCGUGAAUGUCGCAGGAAGAAGAAGGAGUACGUUAAAUGUCUGGAGAACCGAGUGGCUGUGCUGGAGAACCAAAACAAGACUCUAAUCGAAGAACUGAAAGCUCUUAAAGACCUUUACUGCCAUAAAUCCGAGUAGUUCCUGCCUCCAGAACAUCAAGCUGGGCUAAGUAGCACUUAAGUUUCUUCAAAUACUUUGACUGUUUGAUUCUGCCCGUCUGGCCUUCCAGUUUGCACACGGCUGGCUCUUUUUAACAAAGCCCCCUUAAUUGAGGCUCUGCCUACUACCUUCACUUAGGUGCCCUGUCAGUAUGAGGACAUUUAAAAGAAGAAAAUACAAAAUACCUUUCUAGUGAGUAAUUAAUAUAUGAGAAAAAAAUUUUUACAAAUAAAAACAGCAAAGUGCUACUUUAGAAUUAAAAGUCUAAACAAUUAGUACAGCCAGACUUUUAUUCCAGCUAUUCUGAUAUGUGCUUUUAUGGAUACAUGCCAAAUACUAAAGUACAAAAAAGUAUUAUAUCCUCUGCACAGAGUCCAGGAUAGUGGAUAUACAGCCAAAACCAUGACAAGAAGACUCAACUUAUAGGAGACAACACUAAUUAUAAAUUUUGUUGAAUCCACUAAAAUUAUUGUCUAGUGAUAUUUUUGCCUUUAAUUUUUUUUUUCCUUGCACAGUUUGUUAAAAAACUCAGACUUGGACAUUUUUUAUCAGGCUUGUUCAGUCAAUAUUAAAGCCUUUGAAUGAAUUAUGGAUCUCCAUCUAAUGAAACAACUUUCCUAAAAUAUUGCCACUUGUACAGCUGAAUCUACAGCAUAUUUGGCACAAACAAUUCGUUUUUAAGUGUUUUUAAAGAUGCUACCAACUGCCAACCUUAAAGAAAGUUGAAAUUUGUAUUUCAGUGCCAUUGACGUUUUCGUUUACCCAUUUCUAUGCUUUUCCACAUUUGAUGUUUGACAUAGAGGCGUUGUAAAAUGAAAAUAUGAUUAGGGCAAGACCAAGCUUGAGAAAAAAAAGAUUUUGACAUUAUUAUUUUUACAACCUGUGGUCACAUUUCUAUGCUUCUGGGCAACAUUCCUCUUAGUUUUGGCAACAUUUUGCUAACUAGUUUCUAGUCAGUGACAUGGGACAAGUGGUUUAUUUGAAGCUUUUGCACAAAACUUUCCGUUGAAACAACCAUAGAGAAAAACUGAUCAGCAAACAGUUUUUGAGAUAAAGAACUACAUGGCUGACGUGAUCUGGGUGCAUUAAGACUCCCUGAUCCUGUGAUUUGAGAAGUCAAAAUACUGAGGGCUUGAUUAUCUAAAAGUGGAUGAGGCCACUAAUAGCUCCUAAAACUGGGCAUCAUUUGGUCCUGCUAUCAACUCAGUCUCACGUAACCUGACACACCAAAUAGACUGUUUCAUACAACCAUUGCAUGGAUAUAUUUCACAAUCAUCUAAGAAACCUCCCAAAGAAAGUGUUUAGGGAGGGCGGGGCUUUUCAUAACGACAUGGCAGAAUGAGGUUGUACACGUGCUGUUUCGUGACAAACGCUGCCAUAGUAUAUGAACAGUGGAACAUAAUGUGGAUAAAACUUCUGCUAUGCCAAGAGAAGGGUUCAGUGUGGCUCCUUGCUUUUGUUUUGAUAAAUAAAUGUGGCACAAUUCUGAUAAAACUACUUUUCUACAGCUACAUCCCAGUUAAUCACUUCAGCAGUAGCAGCCAUUGUAUGCACUGGCUUAUUUACAUAACCCCACAUGAAAUGAUUGCAAACCCAUGCCAAAGCAGGUCAGCAGAAGAGCGAAAACACCUUUUCUGUCAUGAAAAGCUUUUAGUGCUGAUCUUUGCUUUUUAUUUCAUGAAGAAAUGUGCAAAUCUGAUAAAAACUGCAGCUAUACUACAGCUACAUCUGAGCCCAGAGCUACACUGUGUACAGCCAUUACUAAUGGCUUCCAGUUAAACUUAACUCUGCCCAUAGCUACUGCCUCAUUCUCAUGAAACGACGCUGACUGGCUAGACCCCUCUUCGGAUCUGGCACCCAGCUGCCCAGAUUUGAGUUUUUUAAGGUGGAUUUGCCUUAUGACAGACACUGGCGAAUCCAGAAUUCUCACGAAUCCAUCUGCUUUGAAAGAUUAAGUCUCUCGGCUGUAUUCCCAAAACAUGUGAAUAAGGCCGUGUGAACAUGUAAAGCUAAUUUUGCUAAAGCUAAUUUGAUUGCUUUUGCGCCAGAAUCUUGGGAGAAGCUGUCUGUGCUAAAACCAAUUACCUAUUACCUAAGCCAUUGUCCGUGGGGCAGAAGUGCCACUCUGCUCUGCUCCUCUCAUGCACACAGUCUUAUGCCAUGGAGCUGCCUCCAGCAUUUGAUAAGCUUAGCAGAACAGAUCCAACACAAACUGGAAGGUAGGCAAUGAAACGCACAUAGAAACCAGUCAAUUUCAGGUUAAACACUAAGCGCUAACUGCCGAUUGAAUAUAUCACUGUAUCAGUAUUACAUCAAAACAGGAAGCAAAUGAACAGCAAAUUACCUUCCAGCAGAAAAAAUAAGAUGCUGUUUUUAUGUUCUUAUUCCUGUGUGAACUUGUAAACUUGUGGCCCAGCUGUGUUGGGCAGGGUUAGGCUGCGCUCUGCUCUGCUUCUUAGCUGCAGAUACGGACCCAGUGGGCAACGCUGCACACUAUCAAUAGGAGCAAAGCCAUGGUGUGGACUAAACACUGCUAGCAUGGAUCCUGUGGAAAUUGUGAUUACUCAGCACUGAGUUGUGCUCUCAUGCUCUUACAGUUCUUCACUAAAACAAGACUGGGACAGGAGGUCCAGCAUCUCUGAGAGAUAUUGCAAAGUAGUUACUAAUAGUCUUAAUAGAGGGUCAUAUUUUCAUGCUAGCUGCAUGUGGCUAGUAGGGCUCAAGUUUGUGAAUAAGAAACUUUUUGCAGAGGGCGGCUUUGCAUUAAAAGGGGCCAAUUUUUGUCCAAAUGCCUGCAAAAUAGCUCCAACUGCCCUUCCGCACAAAGGCACAGUAUUUUUAAUGUAGUCUGAUUUGGGCUACAUUUAACAUUUUUGUGUGCUUUGUGAAUCACACAGUGUCUUUGACUCAGUUUUACUGGUUUAGCAGGCACCAAAGCCUCACAGUUCUUUACAGAAUUAGGCCAGAGUGUGGAAAAUGUUGUUAAGAUAACAGAUGGGAGUGUUGUCUGAAAGGAUAAAAAGAAGACGUAGGUUGUACAAAAUAACCCAUUUAUUGAACAAUUUAAAAACCAGAGAGCUAUGUGUUUUGUAAAGUUAAGGCUGAGGUCAAACAUCAUGUCAUUGUGCCACAUCAAACCAUUUUCAUGGCAUUUAAUUCUUUCAGCAUUUUACAAUUUUGUGUCUAUUUUUCUGUCUGUUAAAUGGUUAAAAAAAUGAGAAAUAAGGUUGCAGGGAUGUUUUGUUUUUGUUUUUUUGUUUUUUUGUUUUUUUGGGUUUUUUUUUUUUGGUUUUUUUUUUACAUAUGUAGCAGGUUGGAUCUGCAAUAGAUUUAAUCUACAACAACUACAUGAGAUUAACACUAAAGAUCCAUGGAGACAUGUUGAAAAGAGGUUGUUUAUGUUGGUUUUUGAGAAGAUACAUGUACGUUUUUGUCUGUUUAUUUUUUAUAUUACUGUAUAUAAACUCUACAGCAUGUGUAGACCUCAUGUUUUUCUGUUUAUUUGAUAUAAAAAAUGUUCUCAUAACUUGUAUGAAAACAGCUUUCAUAUUUGUAAUAUACAUCAAUGUAUAAUAGAAGAAUCUGUACGUGUGUAUUCAUGUAAUCCACCAGGCCUACAACCGUCAUGGCAGCUAAGUGUAUGAGAAGAGGCCUUUGUUGGAGAUGUGCUGUUUUGGAGUGCUGUGCUCUGUUUUGGAUUGAUAAUGUCUGUUUGUAGAGAAGAGAGUCUGUUGAAAGCAGCUGAGGUCCACAACAUGUAUCAGUUUUAUAAUAAGUAACAAAAAACGCACACCAGAACCCUAGAUGGCUUCAUAACGACACCGAAGUUUAUAGAAAUGCCUUUUUAUCUCGUGAAGCAGUAACUGUUUCUUACAACUGAUCAAAAAAGCACAAUUGUCUUCUCUUCAGAGCCAUUAUGUUUAUUUUAUUGUAGUAUCACUGCUUAAUUUUACUUCAGCACCACAUUUGAAUUCUUUCUUGUUCACAUUGGUUUCACUUUAAAGUACUGUAAAAACUCAACCCCAGAUUUUAGUUGAUUUCAACCGUAAAGCUUGCAGGCUUUCCCAACAACAAAUAGGGCGUCUCAGUGUGGUGUUGGUUGCUUUGUUUUUAAGAAAUUUGCCAUUUUCAAAGACUCACACAUUUGAUAUUGUACAGUUUGUAUUUGUAAUGUAUAGAGUUUAAAGGGUUGAAUUAGCCACAGAAAUCACAGAGCACCUCUGUCUACAAACAUCAUCUCAUAUUUACCCAGAACACAUUAUUAUGUGCUAUAGUUGGAAAUGUUUACAUUGUUUUCCCUCCUGCCUGUCACAGUCAGGUGAAGGGCAGUGGUUCUCAACUGGUCUAGCCUCAGGACCCUCCAGCACCUCCUCAAUAAGAAAUCACAACCCAGAUUUCCUACAACUGUCAGCUGCUUAAGUUAAUUUGAUUAAAAAAUGUGGUUUGGACCUUUGUGUUGGCAUGGAAGUGCAAUACAGAAUUACAGACUCUCAAACUCUUUUAAAAAGCUUUAAACAAAUUUACAUAAGCAAAACAUUUUUACAAAUGAUUAAACAUAUUGGCAUUUUACAAAACAAAUUGCAACAAGUCCCAUAUAAAAUUACAAAGUCUGAAACACUGUUAUAAUGUCCGAUAAAAAAUGAAGUCUGAAACACUUUUACAAAACUUGAAAUAAAAUGACAAAGUUUCUUACAAAAUUACAAAAACUAAAACACUUUAACAAAACUUGAAACAGAUUUGCAAAGUUUGAUACAAAAUUACAAAGUCUGAAACAACAUUACAAGGUCCGAAACAGUUUUGCAAAAGUUGAUUUAAAAAUGUAUUUAUUUGCAAAAAUUUAUUUCAGAAAUUUUAAGAAGUCUUCUACACUUUGUAAUGUUUUCUCAGCUCAUGUAAAUGUGUUUUUCAAAAUUUGUAAAUUUGUAAAAUAUUCAUUUUAAAUGUAGUUUUUUUUAUUUUGAAUUUGUUUCAUGUAAAGUAAAAAUGUAAUUUUGUAUCAGACUUUGAACAUUUGUUUCAAGUUUUGUUAAAGUGUUUCAGACUGUAAUUUUGCAUCUGACUUUUCAAACAUUUGGUUUGUAAAUUCUUAAUAUGUUUCGUCAUUUGUAAACGUGUCUUGCAAGUGUAAAUUUGUUCCAUGAAAUGUAAAAAAGGUUUUGGUUGUUAAUUUACACUUGUUUAAAACUUUGUAAAAGUGUUUCAGUAUUUAUAAUUUUUGCAUUGCACUUCUAGACCACUGUAGACCUUAGAUGGAACAAAAGUGGCAAGCCCUUGGAGAAAAGACAUCCCUACAUUUUUUAAUCAGUUUUCUGUGAUUAUGUGCAUUUUGGUUUAUUUCAUCAAGAUUGCAAGAAAUUGACACAUUUUCAUGGGAAAACAGACUUCGUUAUCCUACAACUGUGAGAUAAUUAAGUCAUGAUCUCGAGAAGACAACCCAGAUGUUUACCUCAAAGCAAAAGGGAGCACAAUGGAAUAAACUGAUUUCUGCUUAGGACUUCCAUAAAUCAUUGAUUUAUUGCCAGAUUUUUUUUCUCACACAUUUGUGAGCCAUUGGAAGCAGCUCCACGACCCAUUUUUGGGUCUUGGCCCACCAAUUGAGAACCACUGGUGUAGAAGAAUCAAUACAAGCAGAUUGAUAGUCUAUAACCACUAAUGCGUUUUAGAGGAUGAACUGAAGUCUGACACAUAUGGUCUCUCUAAAAGGCCUGAAAAUAGCCUGGUGGUAACUGGUGCCAUUAUGAUGAAGUGAUGAUUACCACCUCUUGUAAUUCACACAUCCAGUGCUGGUGCUGCAAAAACUAAAUAUAUACAUAUUAAUAACCUUUUUUCUGUUGAUUUGAUAUAGUGAACUCAACUUUGUGAUGUGUUAUACAAUAAUCUUUCAACAAAACCAAAAGUGUUUUCAUUUCUGUGCCACGAUAGUUUAUACCCAAAGGGCCUCAUUUGUGCAUGAAACAGAUUGUUAUCCAUGUGUGUAAAAGUAUAUAUAAAUAUACAGUAUAUAUAUAUAAUUUCUAGAAAAGUAAUAAUGGACUUUUUCUAACUUUUAAUGUGAUCUGUUUAUAUAUUGCCACUUUUACAAGUUAUGAGUUAAAGAUGCCAUGUAUUGAAAAGUCUCUUGUAGAGAAAAAGAUCACCAAAUGAUGCUUUUUGUUUGGACAUUGUCAUGUUAUAAACUCUACCAGCUCAUUAUUUGAAAGUGCUGUUACUCUGACAUUUCAUCACUCUUUUUGUAAACACUUGCUAUGUUGCAAUAAAAUACUCUUGAAGACUGUUA